UGUUGCUGCCAUGCAUGCAACAUACGGCAACGGCGGCAACAACAGCGGCAACAGCAUCCACAGCGUUUGCAAUCAGCAGCAAAUCAGCAACUACAACAACAGCAACAGCAACAACAGCAACAUGAACGCCAGCGGUUUGCUUGGCGCCGGCUGCAGCAGCGAUUAUAUUGCCAAUGCAACAGCGGCUGCUGCAUAUGUGACACCAGCAACAGCAGCCGCUGCGGCAGCAGCAAUUGCAACAACAACAACAAUGCCAGCGACAGUGAGCACAACAACAAUGCUGUCUAAUUACUGCGAUGCUGCGACUAUGAUGAUGGCCGCGGCCGCUGUCAAUGCAAAUCAGUGCCUGCAACAACACCACCAGCGACUGCUGCUGGCCAGUACAAGCAACAGCAGCAGCAGCAAUAAUAGCAAUAGCCACAGCCAUGAGCAACUGGCCACGGCUGCGGUCAUGGCCUCCUCCUCCUCGUCCUCAGCGGGCUCGCUGUCAUCGGCAUCGUCCACACCGACAGCAACGGCCGUCGCGACAGCCCAGCAGCAACAGCAGCAGCAGCAGCAGCCACAACAACAGCAGCCGCAGCAGCAGCAACAGUCGCUGCCAUCGCCGCCAAAUUUAAUCGAUAUCAGUGAAGUUCCUCUCAAUGUGGAUGUCAAGUAGUGUAAUUAUUUAUGCAUAUUGAAGAAAAAUCAAAAAAAAAAAUAACACAAAAAAAUCUCUAAUGAAAAAUGUAAAAAAAACGAGAAUCGUGUAGCUUAAUUGUUUUAAAAUCUCCUUUAGUUGUUGUAACUUGUACAUAAACAAUUUUCAACUUUCACCUAGGCGCCCACAACUGACAGCCAAAUGCGGUUUUGUAUCUUGUAGAUACAAUGCAGCUCCCUGGUUAAAAGUCGAAUGAAAAAAUACAAAAAAUUCCGAAACGUCUAACGUUGAGAGAUUUUCCAAGUUUUCAUUUCCGGGCAUCCAUCAGUUCUACUAUAUGUCUGUAUAAUAUUUAAAGGCACUGAGUUCUACUUAAUUUUAAAGCAAAUUAAAACUAAACUAAAGUAAACUUCUUUAUAUACCCUCUCAGAAGAAAAACAAAAACGAAAAAAAUACAC